GCCGAGAGCUCCCCCUGCUGGCACGCCUGGCCGGAGCCCAUGUAAAUGGCGCCCGCGCGCCUCCUGCGCGCUGGGUGGGGUAAUGGAGCUGAGCGCCCGUGUCGGCCCCUCCCUGAUCAUCCUGCUCCUCUGCCCGCGCACGGCGCAGCCCGGACAGCGGAAUGCUGUCAAGAAACCCGGAUACUGCCCCGAGUUGUUCCUUCCCUGCCCUUUCGCCCUGUUCACCCUGUGCCGGCGCGAUAGAGGUUGCAGGGGGGCCAAGAAGUGUCGCUUUUUCAAUUGCAGGAGGCAGCGUGUGGAGCCGUGGUCGAGUCUGGACUGAGGUGAGAAGGCCGCCCCUGCGGGUCUUGACUUUGCCCCGGAAACGUCCCCGAAGCGCCAGGUGUCCCCGAGGUUGCUGAGCGCUGUCAGUGCCCUGGGAAAUCACGGAGAGCAGAGCUUUAAAUUGGAGUCUUCACUGAAAUUUGAAUCAAGGAAAGUAAAGAGAGAGGCCCGACAGACCCGCUUUCUCAGUGCACAAUUCAUUUCCUGUAGUGGCCAUCACGGUGCUCUCCAAGCUCCUCAGCUGUUAACGGAAUUUUUAUUAUGACUAUGUUCAUGCGCCAUUGUUUUUCUUACAGUUUAUAAUAAUGAAUCACUUUCCUCUUCACAGUUGUUGAGGUAAGGGAUUAUACAAUUGCAAUUCCUUAGGAGGCCUGCCUACAGAAUUCCCAAUCCCCAGGCAACCCAUCUCUGUGCCCUUGGGAGCAGCACGUCCAGCAGAUUUCAGACCAGUGUUCUGGUGACCCAGUCCAUGUCCCCUGCACUGUGGGCACCCUCCCAGAUCUCGGAUUCUCUCUUCUUUCCCCAGGGAGAAACUCCCUGCUAACCAGGCCUGAGAAGGCACUGGUACUAUAGACUCAGAUGUGGAUAAUUGAUCUUCAAUUCUUCUAGGCUCUCUUCAGUCCCAAGACUUCAUUUUAUCAAGAGUUAAGUGUUAUCAAUAUGAAAACAACACAAAGAAAUAAAGUUAUAUAUUUA